AAGAGCAUCCUGGUCUUUGAUGAAGAGCAAGCUGAUAUCUUGAGCUGGUUGCCCGAGGCGUUGGACUUUAUCGAAUCGGCACGAAGCGAGGAUGGCAUCGUCUAUGUGCAUUGUCAAGCAGGCGUUUCGCGCUCUGCUACAGUGGUGAUGGCCUAUCUGAUGCGCAACCUUGGGCUCAAUUGCUCAAAGGCAUUUCGCAUGUUGAAGGCGGCGCAUCGCCCUGCCCUCCCGAAUCCUGGCUUUCAGCAGCAGCUCCGACUGUAC